CCAAUCUACCGCCCACCUGUUGCCAAAUGUCUCAUUGUGAUCUGCUUUAAAAAUUGUGCCAAAAAUAAUUCAAUGUGAUUUUAGCUGUUAUCAAAAAAAUUUGGAAAUUUAAAACAGAAUUGUAAAUAUUAAAGCGAUUUUGGAAAAAGGCCUUCUAAGUGACAAGCGAACUAGAGUUGAGUUAUAGAGUAAAAUCCAUCACAAUUGACGAACGCGAGCAAGAGGGGCGAGCGGUCGCUCCGAGUUCGACCGCCGCCGCCGCCACCAACGCCGCCACUGCGACGACAGCCGAAGCCACGGCGUCCUCCACUCUGACAUCGAACUCUUCGGAAUUAUCGAUGGUCGAUGUCUUCGCUACGUCCUCCGCGACCGCCAUCGUCACGAACGCGACGUCGGCGGUCGGCGCCGUCGGUAGAAGUUCCAGAAAGAGGCCGAGGCCGAGGAGGCAGAACACUGCACCUGCGACGAGCGAAAAUGAAACAGUUUUCUCCCACCGUCGUCUCUCCGCGUCGGAUUCGAACGAAUCCCAACGUUACACCGAAUAUUCGCGAGUGACGGCGACGGCGACGGCUGACGAUGAUGACGGAAGUGACGUCAUAAUUCGAAUGUCGACCAGUGACGACAGACAGUUGACGAGCGGACUGUCGAGUGAGGUCACGACGCCUUUUACGGACGCCACCAGUUUUGCAGGGAUUGCGUUACCACCAGAAUUGUUAACUGAAUUUUAG